CCUUUGGUGAGGCAGCGGCGCAGCAUGACUUCGGCGGCGGUAGAGAUUUUGGGGCUGGGGCUCGGCAUCCUGGGCUGGGUGGGAGUGAUCCUGGCCUGCGGGUUGCCCAUGUGGCAGGUGUCGGCCUUCAUCGACGUGAACAUCGUGGUGGCGCAGACCAUCUGGGAAGGGCUGUGGAUGAACUGCGUGGUGCAGAGCACGGGGCAGAUGCAGUGCAAGGUGUACGACUCCAUCCUGGCACUGCCGCCCGAGGUGCAGGCGGGCCGGGCGCUCACUGUCAUCGUGGCGCUGCUGGGGCUGGUGGCCCUGAUGGUCACCGUGGUAGGCGCCCAGUGCACCAAUUGCAUCCGGCCGGGCAAGAUGAAGUCCCGCAUCGUGAUUGCCGGCGGGGCCAUCUACAUUCUCUGCGGGGUCCUGGUUCUCGUCCCACUCUGCUGGUUCGCCAACAUUGUCAUCAGCGACUUCUACGACCCCACCGUGCCGCCGUCCCAGAAGCGGGAGAUGGGGGCCGCACUCUACAUCGGCUGGGCGGCCACGGCCCUGCUGCUUUUCGGGGGCUGCCUCAUCUGCUGCUGCUCCUGCUCCCAGCGUGACGAGACUUCCUUCCCCGUCAAGUACUCGGCGCCGCGGCGGCCCACCUCCAACGGCGAGUACGACAAGAAGAACUACGUCUGA